GAAUUGAGAUCAUUGGCAAGAAGAACCAUAGAUUUGAUCUUAAGUAUAAUAAGCUGAAAAAAUACAAGACAAUCAUGUACUUACUACGAGUGGGUGUCCUGCGGGGAGGUGCAAGUACCUAGGAGGUGGAAGUAAAGUUGGAAAUGCUGUCUUGUUUUCAGUGAAGUAGUUAGAAAUGCUGCUUGUGACGGUAGCUGUCUUGUUUUCAGUCGAGUGCAUUGCAACUGGGCUUCCUCUGCUGUUGGAAUAAGUUCGAUGAACACCUCUACUAGAACAAGAAACGAGAGCAUCGUUGUAGUCUACGAUAUAACUUCUAGCGUGACCACACAAUGAUGACUUCAGCGCGAUCGCUUUAGUAAGGGGAGUGAAGAAGAAAGGCGCCAGAGAGAGGCCAAGAAAAAGAACGCCCGCCUUCUGCGAAAGCUAAAAACAAGGUUGUUCUGAUUGUAGGGCACCGUCGCCCUUGUCAGCGUUCGACCUCGCCUCAAGGAAGGGAUUGCCGUGGUAGAGUACGACCGUUGUUCUUGUCUACCGAGUGACCAAUCCAGGUUUUCGCAGGGCACCUUGUCGAAGGAAAGAAACGACCAGAAGGAAGACAGCGUAUGGACGGCUUCGAGUGGGAUACAGAACAAGGACGAAAACACCUGAAGAUGUCCGCCAACGACGAAACUGAACCUGACAGCGCCAUGAAACGGCGAAAAAUAGCGUCUCCAAGCGGCCUCAAUCGGGCAGCGUCACCCGAUGUUAAGGCUGUCUUUUAGUUUUGAUUUCCAUGUUUUAUUUUCUACGUAUAAUACCUUAUUUUUUCCUCCAAGAGUGGUCUUGAGGUUCUUCAGAGUGACACUAUCACUUCUAACCGAGUCGGAGGUUAAAUCUUCGCAAUUCUUCGACUUCAGAAUGCCUAAACCUGCAGCUUCAUCCUCCUUCUACUUCUAGCACCAAAGAACAUAAGUAAAACUAUAUCGAAAUUAAUAAAUAGGUAUAGGAUUCGUUUUAGGAGCUCAGGAGUCGCUCUAAUUUCCGUUUCGACGCUCUCCUGACUCCGGCAGACCUCGCAACGAGUUUUGUGCCGCACCAGGUCUUCGAGAUCAACGAUUUUGAGAUAGGGAAGCAUCUUGGGCGAGGCAAGUUUGGAUCCAUCUACGUGGCAAGAGAAAGAUUCUCACAGUACCAUCUCUUUGUCUAUAAUCUUCCGAAUCUGAUGAAACUAAAAAUAAAUUUGAGGAUUUGUAGUUCAGUUUUCAAUCAAAAUUGACGAGUGAUGAAGCUUCACACAACAGCAUUUUCUUACUACUCUCACUCCUCCUUCGUACUUCAGAUACGUCUGCGCGCUGAAGGUGUUACAAAAGAAGCAGCUUAUAAAACACUGCGUCGAAAAGCAGUUGCAGCGAGAAAUCGAAAUCCAAUCGCAUCUACGACAUCCAAACAUCUUGAGAAUGUACAACAAGGUUUGUGUUGUUUUUUUCUUAUCCUAUUUCUUGCUAGCAAUACCAGUACUAUGACGAAGUAGAUUACGAUUUUGUUUCAAAUGAUAUGCAUUUUCUGGUACCAGUUUGAAGUGGCGGAGUGAUGGAGGGGCAACCUCAUGAUGUGUGCUGAUCCCUGCGAAACAGAAAGUGAAUAAUGAAUUUGAAUUCACUCCGAAAAACGACAGGUACAACUGGUUUCACGAUAGCAAACGAAUAUACCUCAUACUUGAGCUUGCACCUGGUGGCGAACUCUUUGACCUGCUCCAAAAGCGCGGUAUUUUUUGACUAGUGCCAGUGUGCUGGUGUAAUAAGUAUUUCUAUUUCAUCAUCAUCAUAGUAUCAAGAAUGCAUGCUGAAAAAAUCUACUCAGAGGCCUGAAACUUUCUGAGAAGUAAUAAACGAGCAAAAAGGGUUGAGUUCAUGCGAGCUCACGAGGCAAAAUGCAAGAAGAAGUAGUAGUGUAGUAGUCUUCUGUACCCCUGGAGUCGUCGGUACAUUCAUUCACUCGUCUGAAAUUACUCACCUCUACAGGUCGUUUUAGUGAAGCUCGCGCCGCUUGGUAUUUGAGUCAGAUGGUGCACGCGAUAAAGUACAUCCAUGAGAAAAACGUCAUACAUCGCGACAUCAAGCCCGAAAAUAUAUUACUCGGUCUUCGAGAUACAUUGAAGUUACGGAGAUGAUGGACACCUUCUACAACUCGACAGUAACUGUAACAGACUUCUUUUUACUAAAAGAGCAAGAGAUAAUUAGAGAUAGAGUUAGAGUUGCAUGAUACAGACUUCUUGUGUCAGCUCUCUUCAGUAUGAACGCGAAUCGAAAUCUAGUACAAAAAUAUCGCUCCUUGAUGACUCAUCUGCAACCACUUGUCCUAAUGCAUGGUAAUGUGUCCCAUCUCUAAUCAAAAUGAGUGAUUUCGGCUGGUCAGUGCACCUUGGCGCACCACACCAAAAGCGCACGACCUUCUGCGGCACACUCGAUUACCUUCCACCAGAAAUGGUUCUUAGAGAUUACCUUGAGGUUGCGUUAUUGGCUCCUUAAUGAGGUUCCAACUGAGACUACUGAGCUCUUCUACACUCAACUCUGCUCCGACAUCAUAAUAGAGUACUCCGAUAAGGAUCUGUUUCGGGUUGCUCGAGUUAUUGGAGAAGUUGUUCCUUGUUGGAGGCGGUUUGCGCUCUUCUGGAGCGUGUGUGGCUCAUGGACCCCUUCCCCCUAUUCCCUCCCCCACGAUCAAUGUUGGCAAUACAUCGCUCAUAAAGGUAAACGAGACGAGUUACACCAAGGACAUAGAUACAUGGGCACUGGGUAUAUUGCUAUACGAGUUUAUCAAUGGCAGAGCACCCUUUGAGUCUAGGGACGCACAGGAGACCUACAGGAAAAUCAAGUACAGGCCACCGGAGUUUAUGCCGGAUAUCAGCAAGGAUGCAAAAGACCUCAUCAAUUCGAUGCUCGAGAAGGACCCAAAGAAACGGUACUCUCUACCGUAGGACGCAUAUGAUUAAGGAAGAGUUUUGAUGUUCUCAGAAGAGCAGCAAGAGUGGAAAUAACUCCAUCCUGCGUGUACAGUAGGUUCGCCAUAUGAUCUAUCGCCUUCAUCAUCAGACCUUCAUCUCACGACCCCUAAAAACCAAGUACAACGAAGCUAUAAACUGAAGCUUUCUUGUUCACACGUUAUUUUCCUCUCAGGUUGUCCCUCGAAAACGUCCGUGCGCACAAGUUUCUGCAGGCAGUGAUGCGGGACGAGCGAUUUUGUCAAGAACGCUAUGGCGGUGUCAGUGCGCGUAUGCCCACACCAAAACGGAAAAUGAAGGUUUUAACACCAAAAGCCAACGCGGAGGACUACUUCAAAGCGCCUCCUAGAGUACUAGGCGUUCAGCCUGGCGUGAUAGUUAAGACUUGAUGAUGUUUUCCUAAGGUAAUCCAUCCUCAGAACUUCUGACCACGACAGCGAAUCAAAAGUAAAAGUAUUCGGUUCAACUUGUUGAAUCAGAACCAUCUCAAAGCUGUCUUCUCGUAAGGAGAAAACCAAAACAGCCUUACCCUAGAUGAAUGUGAAUCCCAAGAUAGAUGGAAAACAGAUCCUAGAUGAAUGUGAAUCCCAAGAUGGAGGAUGAGCAUGACGACCGACUGUGACCUCUAAGAUAUGCUCGAUCGGUGUAUUACCAUCCGUCCUGCCACCAGGGUUGAACCCAGCACAAGCAGUAAGCGACGAGGUGCUGAUGAGCAUCAGACUCGGCGUCCCACCUCAGGAAAUGCAAAUCAAUCGAAUGUUAUGAUAGACACUGUAGUAGUUGAGUUUUGUCUCUAGAAACUAGUAGUUGAGUCGUUUUGUCUCUGUGUCUGUCUCAUCUCUGAGAAAGAAUAAGAAACUAGUAGUUGAGUUGUUUUGUCUCUGUCUCAUCUCUGAGAAUGAAUAAGAAACUAGUAGUUGAGUUGUUUUGUCUCUGUCUCAUCUCUGAGAAGGAAUAAGAAACUAGUAGUUGAGUUGUUUUGUCUCUGUCUCAUCUCUUCAUAACUGCAGGAGAACCUUCUAGGAGGAACAGAGGCGACCGAGUACCUCUCGCAACUAGGCCGAGCGCCCCCAAGCCAGGGAGCUACGGGAGAGAAGACUGCAGCAGCGGCUAAAGCCAAAGCCGGAGCAGCUGGUUCCGCUGCUACAGGUGGCGCGUCCUCUGUUAUGAAAGAGCAGUUAUAAAUCUUCGUUGUUGCAAUCUCGAGAGAUUCUAGAUCUACGUACUUCUGUUCCUAAAUCAAACAUCACUUGCUGAAGGGGUAUUUAGGCUGUGACGUUUUUAAUCAAGUAGAUGAAGCGCUUCAGUUUAUCCCGCCACGACACUGGUCACAAAGUCGGCUUAUGAAUAAGUCGACUUAUGACAUAAAAAGUGGUCGGCUUCAUCAAGAACAUUCAUGGACUUACUUACCCACUCGCAUACUACCCACACUCAUCACGACACUUGCUCCCCCUUCUUCAUAUUAUGUGCCCAAACCACUGUGGCGAAUCCGAAAGCUGCUGCAGCUGUCAGUGCAGUGGCGCAUAACGAAAAUCUGCGGUCAGCGCUCGAUGAACCCAUGGGUAUGGCCUGAUUCGUCGAGCUCCUUAUGGUAGAAGUACCCCGAUCCGUUAUCUGGUGACAAAUACAACUACAACAUUUUUCGGAACUACAUACUGAUAGUCGUACUUAGAUAGGAAAAUAAACUAUGAAUAAUUUGAAUAUGAGGUCCUUAUCCUCUUGAUUUUAACAUCUCAGUGCUGUUCUCCAUCGUCCGGCAACUACAAAAAUCUACAGCUUCUAUAAACAUGAUGUAGAUGUUAUGAGUUCAUAUGUAUCUAUAAUUACGACUAUCUACUACACAUGUUUGAGUCUUCUUCUAAUUUCGAGCCGGUUAGCCAAGAGCUUUCUACACUUUUUGUUUGAGUCUUCUUCUAAUUUCGAGCCGGUUAGCCAAGAAGGAAUUUUUGUACUUGUUUGAGUCUUCUUCUAAUUUCGAGCCGGUUAGCCAAGAGCUUUCUACACUUUUUGUUUGAGUCUUCUAAUUUUGAGCCGGUUAGCCAAGAACGGGAGCGCGAAAUUUACCAGACUUGGACGAAGAAACUGAUGGGGGGACCCCGUCCUCCCGGCGACAAAUUCUAAUGGAGUUAUUAGUUAUGGUUAUUUACUUUUACCACCGAACCUUGAUGUUGUUGAUCAUUAGUUGCAAAAUUUAUGCUCCACCUGGUGCUAUCCCUUUUAUUUACAACAUACUAACUUAAUCUUAACCGUUUGAAGACAGAGACAGACUGAGGUGCCAUUUUUUUGGACGUGGACCCAUUUGGAAGAUAUUUUGGAAUUCGGAUUAUAUCAAUCUAUGUAUUAUUUGUUAUUUGAGUAAGAAUCUUCUAGUACUAGGUCUGCCUCGUUCCUGAAAGAGGUUGUGAUCCAUCCCCGUCAUAUUCACAUAAGAAGUACAUUGUUAUCUGCCAAAUUUCUGUUAGCAUAGGAAUUAUAGGAUAAGGUCGUGGUGCGAAAUCGGCAGCUUGUCCCGCCGUUGCAGUAUGUUUAUUGCAUAAGAAUUCUUAUGUUGAGAAGGAGUCACGUUUUCUUCUUCAGCGACGAUGCUCGAAGACGGGUGCAGCUCAUGAAAACUUCAUCCACUUCUACUAUGCGGUCAGGCAUAAGCAGAAACAAAUUGUUCAUUACGAUUGAAGCCUUUUUUUGCUUAAUUCACCUCUCAUACUUAUCUUUUUGUUGCCCAACAGAGAGAUUAACCUUGGCGCACUUGUCAGGCUAUAAGUUUAAGUUUCUUUGCUUCCAAAUUCAACAUGAUAUUCUUAGUGAUAAAGAAACGGGAGUCAGAGUUUCUUACGCUUAGAAGUUGUCUAUUUCAGUUUUUUUUUGCUUGCUGUGAUUGUUUGAUUACAGUCAGUAGUUCCACCAGUUAUGUUUCCAUUUCCAUCAGGAGUAGGACUAGGAACUAUAAUGUGUAAGUCGUGUAUGAUGAAGGUAUCUAUUGUUGCUGCAAAUAUGUGAUGUUGAAAGCCGAAAGGUGACAACAACACGAUGAACAUAUUAAGGACGGAUGGGGUGACUUCUGCAAAAGUUCUGCCGCAGUCAUUGCCAUGGAUGACGAUAACGAUAAUAACCCGUGGGAACAAUGAUGCACUAGAGAUGGAGGUGGAGGAUCGUCUCUUAUCGCGCAAAAAUAACUAGAAAAGUCAGAUGAGUAAUUAUAUCAAGAUCAUGUCAAUAUAUAACAAUAAGUUUGUUUGCUGCAGUUCUUCUUAAAACUGCGACCAUCAUGAUCAUCAAUUUCAAUGCCUGCUUUUGCUUUAGAA